AUGAAUCUCUCACUCUCCAUCCCGAAUGCCUCGGAAAGGGAACUCUGGACGGCUGCUGGCAGGCAACGUCUGCAAGAAUUCGACUCCCUCUUCAUGUCUUCGGCUUGUAAAGCGGAACGCAUUUCCAUAGCGGACCGUCUUCUGUCCGAGUCUGCGCAUCUGCACUCCCUCGUCGCCGAGUUCAUAACACGGCGUAACGCCUAUGCUUCCCCGCUUCUCAGCCUUCCGACGGAAAUUCUUGCCCAGAUUGUUGACGAAGUCGCGCGCGGUGACUCGUCACCCUGGCCUAGCGUGUCUCCUAAGGACCUCGGAUGGAUCAAACUCGGCCACGUCUGUUCGCGCCUCCGCGGUGUAUUGCUGAGAUUACACGACUUAUGGGCCGAUGCCGUUUGUUACCUACCGCGCGCUCAUCAAGAGAUAUUGCGCCGUGCCGGCAGUACACCCCUAUCCGUCGUGCUCAGGUCAUCGCUACGGCCUUCGGAGGACACGAUCAACUUCUCUGUGCGACAUUUGGACCUCGCCCGUCGCAUCGCGACAAACGACGCCAACGCGUUCGAAGCCAUCCUGCCAUCUCUUCUCUGCGAGGAACUUCCGUUCCUGGAGGAGGUCUACGUCGAGUUGUGGUCGGAUGGCUUCUCCCCGCUACCCGGGCUUCGACCCGAAGCAUACUCCCGACGACCCGUCAUUGCCCCACGUCUACGCAGUUUGACCUUGAUCAACGCCUUCGUCCCAUUCAACGCCGCAACACUUCGCACCCUCCGAAUCAUCGAAAAUGGGCCGCCUCCGGACGACGAGAUGCUGCCCACAGCAGAGCAGUUCCUCGCAAUGCUGCGCUCUUGCCAGUGCCUCGAAACGCUGCACCUCGACGGCUUCAUCCCCGCGCUCCCUUACCUCACCGACAUUGAGUCGUACUGCCGUGUGUACCUUCCUUCGAUGGUAUCACUAUCAUUGUACGGCUCGCGAGACCGCUGCCUCGCUCUAUGGUCCAACAUCAUGGUUCCACGAUCGGCGCGCGUACACGUCUGCCUAGACUGGUGUCCAGAAGCACGGAUCGAUCUGGAUGCCCGAGCCUUUGCGCCCCAUCUGACAGGUCCACCGACCGGCGUCAAGUUCGCGGUGCCUCUCCCUGGCGUCAUCGCGGCUACGGCCUUCUACGACGAUGGCGAGAGCCCGCUGCCAUGCCUCCAUUGCGACGCUGGUGGCGCAGCGUGCAGAGAGCAUCAUCGUGCGCUCACCCUGCAGUAUCAGCACUUCCGCGGCUCAGCCGCGGUGUUCUCACAAGCCAUCGUAUCCGCAUUCGGCCUUGCCCAAGCGAAUACCGUGCAUCUCUCCUUCGUCGAUGACGGCUCCUUUUGGCGCGAAGACGACACCCUUGCAUGGCGCGCAGCAUUACAGCUAUUCCCCGUAGCGCAUUCCGUGUGCUUCACGCACGCGCCGCCUGCGCUCUACGAGCUAUUACGCGUAGAGCAUGGCGCUGUACUGCUUCCCGCGUUACAGACCUUAACUUCCCACCGCGCCGAGAUCGCUGGUGGGCGGCAAUGGACGGAGUGGGCAAGUGGCAGGGCUCGGUUGAUCCGGGCGGAUCUGGUGUCGACGCUCAAGAGCAGGGCGAUGCGCGGUCUACCGGUCCAUGAAGUUAGGUUCAGGGACCUGAGACUGCCUGUUGGAUGCGAACAGGGUGAAUUCAUGGCCGAGGUGCAGAGCGUCGUGUACGGCUCGGUGUCGUGCUCACUUGUACGAUGA